AUGUCGUAUAUCGUUGAUGCCAGUCUGAGGAGUUACAGCGUUCAAGUUGUACAAGCGGCGUUAAGAGAAGAGUAUCGAAGCCGGUCAAACGGUGGCAAAGGAGGUGAUGGGGGCCAGAUGGUGGCUGAAAAGAUGGCUAUCUUUUAUAAUCUGUUGAGAAACGUCAUAAGGAAGAAGCUGACGAAGUUUGCCGCCAGUCAACUGGAAGACCUGACUAUGAAUUCUAGCACGUUUCUGGGCGAAGGCCAUGGAAGUAUAGAGAUCUGUGAACCGCCGACGGAAGCUCAGGAGCGAAUUAUCAAAAGUCUGGUGAAAGUCGUCUUUCAUCAGUUGCAGACCUGUGGCCAGAGUGAUAAGUUCGCGGAUGUCGAUGAAGGACACGCAAACCUGUUUCUUUCUCUGUUUGUCAAAAGCAUUCAUUGUGAAUACUUUGAAGAAACCUCUCUGCUCAAUUCAGAUCCGGAACUUGAUGUGCAAGACUGUAUACGCAGGAUCUUUGAUGGAACAGGUGCAGAAAACACCCGCCUCUCAGAAACCCAGAAAAAGACUACAUUCCACCACGCCGCUUCAUUCACUGUGCAUCUAUACUGUUCUUUGGGCCAUGUCUCACAUGGCAGUGGCCUGUUGGAGGAGUUCGACAAGAUUGAUCUGGAGACCGAUCUGUGUCCCGGCGAAGAACAAUCGGAGGGACCGACUUUGGCAUCUUUAUCAUACAACAGUGAGUCACUGUCAGAGUUGCCAAUCUCCAAGCAGACCCUCAAUCUGACUCGCAUAGCGUUGCUACCUUCAGACAACUUAGAAGGAUUGUGGGAAUGUUUACAUUUCGAUGAUGGGAUAAAACGAAGGCUUUACAGUUACGCAACGGUAGCGCUCAAAGUAGCAAGUUUGUCUAGCCAGAAGCCCGCUGAGGCAGCACAGAGUUCAUUUGGAAAUAACAAGUUAAUAUUAGUGCACGGCCCCCCUGGAACUGGGAAGACGACUGUUUGCAAGUCUCUCUGCCAGAAGCUGUCGAUCCGGAGAGAGUUCUCAAGAGAGAUUGAUCCCUUAGAUGCAACUCACAAGGGAAUGAUCGUUGAACUUUCUUGCUCGCAAAUUUUCUCUCGAUGGUUUGGCGAGUCAUCAAAGAACUUGGCCACAAUAUUUGGUGACGUGGAGAACUUGCUCAUAGCUAACCAACAAACAGGUUCCUUCGUCUGUCUGCUGAUAGAUGAAGUUGAAGCAAUAGCAUUUUCCAGAAGCGAUUUGUUGCAGAAGAACGAAUCCACAGAUGGCGUUAGAGUUGUGAGCACUUUGCUAACGCAACUAGAUCGUCUCAAGAAAUACAACAACCUAAUCAUAUUAGCAACUUCCAAUCUGCUGGAGUCGCUUGAUCCAGCUUUCAUCGAUAGAACCGAUGGGGUCUUCUAUGUCGGAAAUCCUUCCCGGAACGGCAUCGCCAAGAUCUUGUCUUCAGGUAUGAAGGAUAUGAUCACAAACGGCGUAAUAACUUCCAUGGGCGACCUCUCGAAUGUACUGAAUUCCCUCAAGUAUAAAAAGAUAAUGGAUUUGAUAGCAGAGAAAUGUUUGCUAGCUGGGACUAGUGGAAGAACAUUAAGCAAACUGCCAUUAAUAAGCCUCUCAGAGCAUUUCAGAACAGUACCGGUCUCAUUGGAUAGAUUUCUGAUAGCGCUGGCCAUAUCGAUCAGGCAGCUAAGUGAGCAAGCCUGA